CUCUGCCUCUUUUUCUCGACCAUUUUGCAAGCCCUUGUUUCAGAAAGAGGCAAUUUUUUUUUUAUUUUCUUCAAUGGAGGAUGCUCGAUAGAGUUCGAUUCUCUGUGUAAUAUGUGUAUUUGAUGAGCUGAUUUUAGGGGGAGAAAAGUAAAGGUUUGAUAUUGUUCAGCAAUGGAGGGAGUUAGUGGUAGUGCUAGUUGUGGUGGUGGGGUUGGGGGUUCGGAGGGAGAGAAGAAGAAGCCGCCGGAAGGAGAGCCCAAAGUGAAGCGUAAAAUGAAGACUGCUUCUCAGUUGGAAAUUCUGGAAAAAACCUAUGCUGAGGAGAACUACCCAUCGGAAGCAUUGCGAGCGGAGCUUUCGGUGAAGUUAGGGCUGUCAGAUCGGCAAUUACAGAUGUGGUUUUGUCACAGGAGGCUGAAGGACCGGAAGACGCCUCAAGAGAAGCGGCCGAGGAAGGAUGCAUCACCGGCCGCAGUGAUAGGCUCAUCGGGUGGACUUGGGGAAGACAUGGUGAUGGGUGGUGAAGUUGGGAAUGAGCAUUUGUCGGGUUCAGGUUCGGGUUCAAGUCCGUUUGGCUAUGUGGACACGCAGCAAAAAGUUGUCCCACGAGUUGGGACGGCAGUUGCGAGGAUUGGAGUUGAAAUGCCGGCAAUGAAGAGGUACUACGAGCCCCCUCAGGCCAUAUCUGAACUUCGAGCUAUUGCUUUUGUGGAGGCCCAGUUAGGGCAGCCAUUGAGAGAGGAUGGGCCUAUUCUUGGAAUGGAGUUUGAUCCCUUGCCUCCGGGUGCAUUUGGUGCUCCCAUUGGUAAAUUCAAUUUGAAUGCCAUUUAUUUGUUACUUCAUUUUAAUGCACGUGGAAUUUGUCAGUGA